AUGCUUUCCCCUGACAUGAAGGUUGCACAAGAAGAACCUUUCGGUCCGGUGGCAGCUCUGUUCCCGCUCGACACGGAGGGAGAACUGAUACGGCAGGCGAAUGACAGCGAUGUUGGGUUGGCGGGAUAUUUUUACUCCCAGGAUAUUCAUCGGUGCUAUCGGGUGGCGGAGGCAUUGGAGGUGGGGAUGGUGAGCGUCAACACUGGACUUGUGUCUGACCCUGCGAUGCCUUUUGGAGGAGUGAAAGAGUCUGGAUUCGGCAGAGAGGGAAGCAGACAGCGCACUGAUGAGUAUGUCGUGACAAAGGCUGUGACGCUCGGUGGCGUGAGGUGA